AUGGCAACAUAUGUUACAACCGAAAUGCAUACUGGAGGGGAAUCAUUUAGAAUUGUAGAAAAGGGGUAUCCCGAAAUACCCGGAGACACAAUAUUGGAUAAAAUCAACUACCUGAAGAGAGAAUAUGACCACCCACGUAAGCUCAUAAUGUGGGAACCACGAGGACAUUUUGAUAUGUUCGGGGCAAUACUGGUUCCCCCAGAUCAUCCGGAUGCUGAUAUUGGUGUUAUAUUCAUAAAUAAUGAGGGGUAUAGUCCCAUGUGUGGACAUGGUGUUAUAUCGUUGGGACGAUACAUGGUUGAUAAAGGCAUUGUGAAGAACCCUACCAUACCCGAAACAGUUGUAAGAAUACAAUGUCCUUGUGGUCUUGUGGAGGCUCGUGUGCAGUACGAUGGGAAGAAAAGUGGAGCUGUUAGCUUUCUAAGUGUCCCUGCCUUUCUAUACGCAAAAGAUGUGUCAGUUGAUGUACCAGAAUAUGGAAGGAUUGUCGUCGACAUUUCCUUUGGUGGCGGGUUCUUUGCCUUGGUGCCUGCUUCACAGUUUAAUAUGGAAAUUAAAUCUUCCGCCAGGAAGAUCAGGGCAGCAAUAGGAGCAACGUUAGAACAGCUGAGAAAAGAUUGUAAAGUAGUGCAUCCAUAUUACAGUGAUCUAUCAUACAUGUAUGCAGCUAUCAUCACUGAUGGAAAAGAUGAAUACAGUGAAGAAGUAACUGCUAAUUGCUGUGUAUUUGCGGAUAGAAUGUUGGAUCGCUCUCCUUGUGGAUCAGGUGUUACAUCUAGGAUAGCACAGCAGUUUGGUAGGGGAUUGAUAAAACUUGGUCAAACAAGGACAUUUGAAAGUAUCACAGGUGCAACAUUCAAAGCACGUCAUAUGAUUUCAUUUUUUAUAUGA